AUGUGUACUGACUAUACGGAUUUGAAUAAACAUUGCCCGAAGGACUCUUAUCCUUUGCCAAAUAUUGAUAAACUUGUGGAUAGGGCGUCUGGAUUUGGAAUGCUCAGCCUGAUGGAUGCAUAUUCUGGAUACCAUCAAAUCAGAAUGUAUGGACCGGAUGAGGAGAAAACAGUUUUCAUGACGCAUCAGGCGAACUACUGCUAUCAAACCAUGCCAUUUGGACUAAAAAAUGCAGGAGCAACUUAUCAAAGGUUGAUGGACAAAGUUUUUGAUAAACAAGUGGGGCGAAACAUGGAAAUUUAUGUUGAUGACAUGGUGGUGAAAUCAGACGAGAUGUUAACGCAUUGUUCAGAUUUGAGAGAGGCUUUUGGGGAGCUCAGAAAGCAUAAUAUGAGACUUAAUCCAGAGAAGUGCUCAUUUUGGAUUCAAAGUGGAAAGUUUCUGGGUUUUAUGGUUACAAGAAGGGGAAUUGAAGCGAAUCCUGAUAAAUGCAAGGCCAUUAUUGAAAUGCAGAGUCCCACCUCAGUGAAAGAUGUGCAAAAGUUGACGGGAAGAAUUACAGCUCUGGCGAGAUUCUUGCCAUGUUAUGGAAAUAAAUCAGCUCCAUUCUUCCAGUGUUUGAGGAAAAACAAGGCGUUCCAAUGGACAGAGGAGUGUGAAGCGGCGUUUCAAAGUUUGAAGGAGCACUUAUCAAAACCACCAAUUUUAUCAAAGCCAGUGCCAGGUAUUUCGCUGUCAAUAUUUAUUUCAAUAUCUGAUAGCGCUGUUAGUUCAGUUUUAUUGCAAGAACUUAAGGAUGAUUUGAGAAUCAUAUAUUUUGUGAGUCAUGCACUCCAAGGGGCAGAAUUGAGAUAUCAAAAAAUAGAAAAGGCUGCUUUGGCCCUGAUUAUAUCCGUCAGGAAGUUAAGACCUUAUUUUCAAGGCUUUCCAGUGGUAGUUAAAACUGACUUACCACUUCGCCAAGUGUUACAAAAGCCUGAUUUAGCAGGAAGGAUGGUUUCAUGGGCUGUCGAAUUGUCUGAGUUUGGAAUCUCAUUUGAGAAGAAAGGACAGGUUAAAACACAAACUUUGAUUGAUUUUGUUAAUGAAAUGUCUCCAGACGAGAAAGGUGAAGAGUCAGGUGAAUGGAGUUUGUCAGUUGAUGGUUCGUCCAAUAUUAAGGGUAGUGGAGCUGGAGUGAUUUUAGAGGGACCAGGUGGCGUAACAAUUGAACAGUCCUUAAAGUUCGAUUUUAAAGCCAGUAAUAAUCAAGCAGAGUAUGAGGCUAUAAUUGCAGGGUUGAGGUUAGCAAUCGAAAUGGGCGUACAAAGCAUCGAGAUCAAGACAGGUUCACAAAUAGUGUCCAGACAAAUCCAAGGAGAGUAUCAGGCGAAGGAUGCACAGUUAGCCAAAUACUUGGUGAAAGCUCAGAAUUUGAUGAAGCAGGUGCUGAAAGUGCAGAUCAACCAUGUUCCAAUGGAAGAGAACACGAGGGCUGAUAUCUUGUCAAAGUUAGCAAGUACCAAGAAACCAGGAAACAACAAGUCAGUGAUUCAGGAAGUCUUAAACAGUCCCAGCAUUGAAAAUGAAGAAGUUAUGGCAAUUCCAAUGGUGAUAGAUCAAGAUUGGAUGGGUCGAAUCAAGUUGUGCUUAGAGGCAGAGGGGGCUGAUUUGCUUUUAUUUACUAAGGAUCAGAUUCGAGAAGCAAGUCAUUACACCCUUUUGGGCGAUCAAUUGUAUAGAAGGGGAGUCGGAGUUCCACUGUUGAGGUGUGUUUCCAAAGAAGAGGCUGACAGAAUCAUGUUUGAAGUGCAUGAGGGAGUGUGUGCAAGCCACGUAGGUGGAAGAUCUUUAGCAGCAAAAGUCUUAAGAGCAGGGUUUUACUGGCCAACAAUGAGGUCAGAUUGUAUGGAAUAUGCAAAGAAGUGUGAAAAGUGUCAGAUGUAUGCAGAUUUGCAUAGAGCACCGUCGAAGACGUUGAGUUCAAUGAGUUUAUCAUGGCCAUUUGCAAUGUGGGAUGUGGAUAUCUUGGGGCCUUUCACUCAAACAGACAAUGGGACACAGUUUACUAGCAGAAGUGUGAAAGAUUUUUGUGCAGAAAUGGGUAUUGAGAUGCGUUUCGCCUCGGUGGAACAUCCACAAUCAAAUGGACAGGUAGAGUCCGCAAAUAAAGUGAUAUUGAAUGGAGUUAAAAAGCGUUUGGGCGAAGCAAAAAGGUUAUGGGUAGAUGAAUUGAUUACCGUCAUUUGGGCGUACAAUACAACUCCACAGUCUACAACUGGCGAAACACCUUUCAAGUUAACUUAUGGGGUUGAUGCUAUGAUUCCAGUGGAAGUUCAGGAGGUAACGUUCAGGGUGGCAACGUAUAAUGAAGAACAGAACGAUAUGAAUAGACUUGUUGAUUUGAAUUUGGCUGAUGAGAUUCAGGCAGAGGUUCGUUUGAGACAGGCAGUGGUAAAGCAAAGGUCAAAAAGGCGAUACAAUACAAGGGUGGUUCCAAGGCAGAUGGAGGUAGGAGAUUUGGUGCUGAGAAGAAAGACAAGAGGACCAGAUGAUUCAAAGUUGUCACCAAAUUGGGAAGGACCUUACAGAAUUCGAAGAGAGUUGGGACAAGGGGCGUAUCAUUUGGAAGAAUUGUCUGGGCGAAGGGUACCAAGGGCUUGGAACGCACAACAUCUUCGUUACUAUUACAGUUAA